CAGAGUCGCUCAGUUGACUUCAUGAAGGGGUUGCAGUAGCGUUUGAGGUGCUCGUUUUUAAGCGUUAUUUUGUUACACUGAAAAACGUUGUGGGGGUUGAAUUGUUUAUUCGCCAAGGAGUAUUUUGCAUUUCAGUAUGGACCUAUAUUUUCCUGAAUUGUGACCAAUAAAGUCGAUUUUUUUUACUGUAUUUACGGUGUUUUUUUCCAUACAAUAACAGUACUUGGAUUAGUUCUGUCACCCAAUAUCACUAAAAAUGCUGGACACGCGAAUUGAAGAUUUAUUUUUCCAUCCCUGUUCCGAACUCAAAGGAAAAAAACAAGCUAAGGAAUCGUUCGAAACUCGGUACGAAAUGGGAGCUCUUCUAGGUCAGGGCGGGUUCGGAUCUGUCUACGCAGGGCAGCGUAUAUCGGACGGCUUGCAGGUCGCAAUAAAACGCAUUCCAAAGGACAAGGUGCAGAAAUGGACACGGCUGCCCAGCGAGCCCCGGUUUUUGCCGAUGGAGAUCGCUCUCCUGCAGCGCCUGUGGGGCGGCGCAGGCACCUGCUCCUCCCCCCGCGGGAUCAUACGCAUGGUCGAGUGGUUUGAAAGAAGCGACGGCUUUGUGAUCGUUUUUGAACGGCCCGCCGCAUUGCAAGACCUCUUUGACUUCAUAACCGAACGGGGGUCCCUGGAAGAGCCUCUGGCACGAAGAUUCCUGCGUCAGGUGACGGAGGCUCUGCUUCACUGCCAGUCCCUGGGGAUCGUGCACCGCGAUGUCAAGGAUGAGAACAUCCUGGUGGACACCCGCAAAGGGGAGACCAAGCUGAUCGACUUUGGAUCCGGGGCACUGAUCAAAGAGAGCUCCUUCACUGAAUUUGAAGGGACUCGAGUGUACAGCCCUCCUGAGUGGAUUCUCCACGGUCGCUACCACGCUCGUCCCCUCACGGUCUGGUCUCUGGGGGUGCUGCUCUUUGACAUGGUGUGUGGAGACAUCCCCUUCGAGGGGGACGCAGAGAUCACCAGAGCCCAGCUCCGCUUCACCAAGCAGGUCUCCCCAGAAUGCCAGUCUCUGAUUCGCUGGUGCAUGGCCUUCAGACCGGAAGAACGACCAACCAUGGAAGAGAUUCUACUCCACCCCUGGAUGACGGCUUCAAGCGCUGCAAGCUGAACAAUAUGAUCCAAUCCUGGGGGGUGUGCAGAACCAACAAAAACCAGAACAGCCCAUAAAAACUGGACCGGGAGCCAGAGAGAGGGAGAGGGGGUGACUGAGACAUGCCUAAAUUAUCAAUAUAUAUAUUUUUAAUAUAAAUUGUAUUUAAAGACUACGGAAAACCUCCCAUCAGAAUUCUGUGUGGUUUUUACACCCCCCCCAAAAUUUAUUUUUAUGGUUUGAUUCCCAUUUUAAUAUCACCUCUAAUUUAUUUAUUUAUUUAUUUUGGACCAGUGUCGUAGUUUUUUUUUGGGCAAGUCUAGCGUCCCCCCCCCUCACUUUUUAUUUCUCCAUCCUUCAGAAAACGAAUUUUCCUUCGUUCCUGAACACCUGGUUUUACAGGUGACAGGCCUACGGAUUUGAACAACCCUCUGUGUUCGAGGAGAACUAAAUCAAGGGGGAACCUCACCCUCGCCCCCCCCAAAAAAAUACCAAAAAACAACACAGCAAGAAAGAUGAAAGCCAGUCUCUGAAACUAUUUAACAAAAAAACAAGAGGCGAGUUUUUUUAAAGCUGUCACUGUUACUGAGUUAAAAAGCUAGAUGCAUGCUGGAGGAUCUCAAUGGAAGAUCCUGUGCAGGAAUCUCUACAGGCACCUGAACGGACAGACUUAGGAGACUCUUGUCAGGGCAGCUGCGAUAUAAAUCACAGCGGAGUUCGAAUCCUGAAGAAAACUCCAGAAAAUAACGCUAAACGGUCACUGCUGUGCUUCGUUAGUGGUUGCUAAGGAACAGAUUUUGCACUGCACUGUUUACUUCCUGUUUCAAAAACCCCUCUCUCGUUGCACAGCAGUUUGAUCCGUUACAUCUUAUUUACAAUACUAAUAGUCUGGCUGCAGUUACAAUGUAAUUCCAAUGCAGUCUAGUCUAGUGAUAUUAAAUUGCAGCGACAGUGCAGGGAUGGCAAUAAGACUCCCGUUGCACAGCGGUUUGAUCCAUUCCUGGUUUUAUUUUAAAAAGACACACCUGAGCUUUGUUAGCUAGACACGCUGUGAUCAAGCUGGUAGUAAAACCUGGAAUGGGUGACACUGCUGUGCAAUAGGAGUCUGAUUCCCAUCCCUGGUCUCCCUCUUUGAUUAAUAGACCCAUCAUUUUCAGUGCCAGUUUUGAAAAAUAAAGCUAUAAACCAUUACAGUUGCAAAAUAUUAAAGACCUCAGAAUGACUUGCCGGUAUUUUAAUCCUAGCCUAACUGGGGGGUUGCUGAAUUGAUGUAUUGUAAAUGCUUGUGUAUUGAUAUUUUUAAAUUAAGUUACACUUUUCCUGUUUCAUUAUUUAAAUGGGGAGAGGUGGGAGGCGUGUCUGUUAUGUUUUCAUGAAUAAAACAUAUGGAAUUGAAA